CUAAAGAGAUGAAAAAAGUAUCAAAAACACCGAUACUAUCUGAAAAAUCAAGUAUUUAUGGGGAAUUUGAAGAUGAUUUUGAUUAUCCUUGUUCUAUCAGUCUUUCCUUAAUACUAGAAGGUAUCUCGUUCGGUCCAGGCGAUUGGAUAUUUUUAAUUAUUUUUAAUGGCAUAAUUUUAUCUGAAAUAAAAUGGAAACAUAAAAUGGAGAUCAAUUUAGAAACAUUGCCUUUAGAUCUAAAACUAUCUUCUCACCAAUCUCUAAUUGCGGAGCAGCCUUUAAUAUUUAUUGUUCGUAACACUGGUGGAAAAGGAGCUAAAGAUCUGGACCCUUUAUUAAAUGCGGAUAAUAGAGUUGGAGCCACUGUCGAUUUAUUGCCUUUGCUAAUAGGUGAAGAGAAAAUUAUAUUAAAGGUACCUUUAUUAAUGAUAAACACAGGACUAAGCUCAGGUUGUGCAGUAUAUGUUUGUGCUAAAUUAUCAGGAGAAACGAAUAACACUAGAAUUCCUCUUAUGAUUACAAUGCUUUCCGCUCAUUGCCUUCCCGUGGCUAAAGAAGGAACUGUUUAUUUGAGUGCAAUCAGCCUUAAUGGACUUCACGAUCCUAUAUCUUUCAAUUUUGGGAUGUCGUUAAGCAGUUUCAAUGCAUCGAAAAUAGUUUGGGCUGCCGCAAGCAAUGGUGGACUAGCAGCUAACACAGCAUUCAAUAUUCCAUCUGAAGAUAUUUAUAUACCAAAGAAUGUCAAACCAGAGGAUAGUGAUACAUGUAACUCAGUUUAUUGGAAUGCCAUGAAUCGUGUUCUUAUAGACCCUCAAAGAUUUCGAGAAAGAAUAAAUUCCGAGUUUUUAAUAGAAAUUGCUGGUGUGCCCAGAUUUGGCAAGAUAGAUAUUAGAGGGCGGUAUAUGGCAUUUAUAAAUUUAGGAGUAUUGUUAGAACCUGGUCAGUUUGGAGUUACAGUUUGUGCUAAAUUAUUGUUUUAUAAUGAAGCCGAUUUACCUAAGGGCGUAGGUGGUUUAUUAGACCUUCCACCAACUAGUGCCAAAAUUAGUGCACGUGAAACAGAUUUAAUCUUAGACGAUUAUGGACAUGAAUCAUAUAUUUUAUUAAGAUUUGAUUUAUUUGAGCCACUUACUGCUAAGGCAAAAAUAGCAUCAUUAUUUGAAAUUAUAGGGUUUCCGCCGCCUCAAGGUUCUGCGGUUCUUCAAAGUGAAUUAGGCAUAGAAGCUAGUCAUGAAGAUCCUAUCAUUGAUGCAAGGCUGAUAAGAAAUGAAAGCGGGGCAUUAUCUGUGCACAAAGAGUUAAAUAGUUUGACUUGUAAAGGCACAUUACUGAUGAAUCAAAGUAUAAAGAGAACAGCGGCUAAUCGUCUUCUUUUUCGUAUUAGAUCUAUGCUUAAACAGUUCCCACCAGGGGAAUGUUCGAAUAUUGAAUUACAAGACAUAAUUACAGCUCAGCACGCAGCAAGUCGCCGCGCAGUAACAUCAUCAUUUGCUCCACAAUUGCCACAACCUAUGCCGUCUUCACGGAUUGCUUCAGCAAGAAGUCGGCUAGCAGGAGACAAAAGAAUAGCUGAGGCGCAUAUUGACAAAAAUUUAAGAGCUGCUCCACGUCAUCCUAGAUCACUACUUUCUAAAGCUUUGCGUUGUUUAGAAGAAGAUAAUGAAUCGGCAGCUCGCGAUUAUCUGUUGGAGGCUAUAAGUUCUCAAAGUAGAAAUAGAUAUUUACUAUGGAUGUUUGGAGGAAUAGGAUAUAAUGAUAGACAAGGUGAAAUAUCUGCGGCAGCUUUUCGUAUAGCUGUAAAGGGUGAUUCCUCAGAUGGUACUACAGGAGCUAUCGGUUGGGCCGCGUUGCAUGCUUUAUAUCAUCAUAACAAUAAUUUUUAUGCAGCAUUCGUAGCAGCUCGUAAAAUGAGAAAAUCUUGUGAAUUGCCUAGAGAAUGGAAAAAGUUUCUUCAACGAUGGGUAGACACAAGCGGUGAAGAGGAAAUUUUUUGGAUGCCUGGUUUACUUAACGCUGAUAAUCCUAUGUUGAUAGCUUCAGCUUUUUUUCUUUGCUUGAGAUGUUAUAACUUUAGUGAAAGACUUCUGCUCUGUAUAGAAGAGGGUUGUGUUACACAAGGCUCACGCUUACACUUAAAAACUAAAAUUUCCGUUGAUAUAUUUUAUUUACGAGCAGCAUCAUUGAUUCUGCGUCGCAAAUUGGACAAAGCGUUACAGUUAACAGAAUUAGGAAUUAAAAAAUUUGGUCCUUCGGCCAUCAUGUCUCAAAUGCAUGCUACUUGCAUUACAUGUUUACGAGGCUGGGAUGGAGAAUGUGAGAAAGCUUUUACCGAAGCAGACAGGACGGGCGUUGAGCCCUGUCCAUGGUUACUCCUACAAGCGGCAAUAGGUGGAUUACAGAGUAAUCCGUUAUGUGCACUACAACGUGCUGCCCGUGCGCAUAAAAUUGCUCCAUCGGCUCACUCAGCUCUUGUUAUCGGUCGUGUAUAUGUGAAAAUAGGAGAAGAAAGUUUUGCUGAACGAUGGCUAUCCGCUGCUGUUAAAUUCGAACCAUUGCUAGCAGAUGGCUGGGCAUAUUUAGCCCUUUUAGCGAUGUAUGAUAGGAAUAUUGACAAAGGACGAACAUUGCUCCGUACUGCGAAACAAGCUGGUUCUGUUAGCAAUGAAAUAGAACAGGAGUUGAAAAAACUUAUGAAAAUUGUCCGUGCUAAUGCACUACCAGACUUAUUAGUAAAGGAUUUAUGUUUUUGUGAAUAUUAUUAGCAUCAUAGAACAUACGAGA